AUGCCAGAACUAGAAAGAUAUCCCGUCGCAAUCAUCGGGGGAGGACCUGUCGGUCUAGUAUCAUCAAUCCUUCUCUCUCAGCAAAAGAUCCCACAUGUCUUGUUCGAGCGUUAUCCCUCGACUUCAAUCCAUCCGAAAGCAUGUGGCAUGAACAUGCGCACCGUUGAGAUAUUCCGCCAAAUUGGAAUCGAAAGGGAGGUGCUGGAGCAACGAGCCCCGCAGAAUACAGUCAGUCGCACUACCUGGCGUACAACUCUUGGGCCAACCAGCCGAGAAAUCAUCGGACGUGAUGCAUGGGGAGGAGGAGCCUACCAGGAAGAAUGUAAGGGGUCAAGCCCAUGCCCAUACGUUAUUAUACCCCAGAUCAGAUUGGAGCCAAUCCUUCAGAGAAGAGCCAUUGAGCUCAAUCCCCAGGGCAUCAGAUACGGAGUGGAAGUCACAGAUACCGAAGAGGAUGGUGAUCGUGUGAUCCUAACCACCCGCGACACCAACGGGUCUGGUAUUUGCCGGUUUGAAGCUCGUUAUGUCAUCGGAGCUGAUGGGGAUCGUGGUCUCACUGACGAACUCGGCAUUAAGUGGGAAGGAGAAAGAGAUAUUCUCGAUAUGGUCUCUGCCCAUUUCAAAGCACCUUUGAGUGCCCACCAUCCCGAUCCCAGGAAUUUCAUUACCUGGUUCAUCGAUCCUUUGAAAGGCGGCAGUAUCCGAACAGGAUAUCUUUAUCACCUCGGUCCCUACCCAGUAACUACAGAGACGGAAGAAUGGCUCUUCGCUUGCGCUGUUAAUCCAGAGAAUGUCCAGGACUUCAAGACCGAGGAUAUGGUUGAGCGGAUCCAUGGUACUCUUCAGAUCCCCGAUUUGGAUAUUAACCUCAUAAGUCUGUCUCAUUGGCGCGUCGACAGUAUCGUCGCAGAGAAAUAUAGGAGCGAAAAAGGUCGUAUCUUUCUCGUUGGUGAUGCCGCGCACCGCAUUCCACCUUGGGGAGCUCUAGGGCUGAACACCGGAAUCCAAGACGCACACAAUUUGGUUUGGAAACUCGGUCUAGCAAUCCGCAGCGAUAAACUGGGUCGUUAUAAUGCUCUACUUGAUACAUAUGAGACGGAACGUCAUCCCAUCGGGCUCCGAGUUGCACAAACCAGUCUGCACAACCUUCAAUCCCAUGCCCUAAUUAUGGACCGUGCGCUAGGGAUCUCACCCCAGAACAACACAGAGUCAAACGUGAAAGCCAUGGAAGAAUACUUCAUACCACACUCAACAGAAGGCAAAUCAAGACGACAAGCUGUCCAGAAUGCCCAAAAUAUUCUAGACAUCGAGUUCCACGCACUCGGCGCUGAGAUUGGAUGGUUUUACCCCAACAUCGAUCCAGAAACCCCAAUCACCUCCUCGAACCACGGCGGGCAGCUUCUCCCCAAUGGUGAAUUGAACUGCCUGCAAUAUCAUCCCUCACUAUUACCUGGGCAUCACCUACCACACAUAUGGCUAGAAAAGAACGGAGUGGUCCGAUCAACACGGGAUCUGAUCCCAUGCGACACAUUACUAUUUCUUAUAUCAGGUCCAUACGGAGAAGCGACUUAUGACGGAGUCGCCCGAGUCGAGCGUAUCGGGGACUCGGGCUGGAGGGAUGCCGACGGCAUGUGGGCCAAUUUGAAAGGGCAUUUAGCCGGCAUUCUUGUGCGGCCCGAUGGGAUCAUUGCUUGGAAAGCCGACCACCAUAGCAUGUUGGAUAUGACUGGAAAAGGGCUGGCUGUGGUUAUAGAGCGUCUCACGUCCGGAAGGAGAUAG